AUGAGGAAAACAUCAUCCAAGGCGGUGCUCGCUCGCGCACCAAAUCUACCGAGCAAAUUUAGAUUUCGCGCAUUCUACAUAACCGUUCUAUGUCUAUCUCUGUUUGCAGUCGUCAGCCUGGUGGCGGAUCAAAGCGCCCGAUACCAUCAUGGAGCACAAUAUGGAGAGGCUCAACGAAGAGCUCUCGAGGAGCUGGACACCACGCGACUCGUGAAGAGGGACGAGGAGUGUCGACUUGUUCACCAUGCUGAAGAUAAAUGCGCCUUCAUAAAAGCCAAUUGCCCAGAUGAAGAAGCAGGGCUUUUCUCGUAUCUCUCACUAUACUACUGCAAUCUCGAAACGGCCCAACCGGUAGCCUUCAUAAUACUCUCCCUAUGGCUCGCGCUAUGUUUUACAACUAUCGGCAUUGCCGCAUCGGACUUUUUUUGCAUCAACCUUAGCACAAUUGCAUCUAUAUUGGGCAUGAGCGAGAGCAUGGCUGGGGUUACUUUUCUUGCCUUUGGAAACGGCAGUCCCGAUGUCUUCUCAACAUUUGCAGCUAUGAACUCGCACAGUGGGAGCUUGGCAAUUGGGGAACUGAUUGGAGCUGCUGGGUUCAUCACUGCUGUCGUCGCUGGAUCAAUGGCCUUGGUGCGAGAAUUUCGAGUGGGGAAGAAAACUUUUGUCAGAGAUGUUGGGUUCUUUAUCGUUGCUGCAAGCUUCAGCAUGGUGUUCUUGGCAGAUGGUGCUCUUCAUUGGUGGGAAUGUUCUGUCAUGAUCGGCUUCUACCUGUUCUAUGUGGUCACAGUGGUAGUCUGGCAUUGGUAUCUCGGCCGGCGACGACGACGUCGUGAGAGAGAUGCAGCUGCUCGUGGACACUAUCUGACCAUGACCAAUGAGGAGGUAGAAGGAACUGAAGAAUACGGGGAUGAUGAAGACGCUCCAGCCGGACAGAGAAGAUACAGAGAUGUGGAGGAUUUUGGAGCAUUGGAGCGCGGUGCGAGUCCUGGUUUCGAUUCACAGGCAGAUGACCAGAGCGACGAGGAUGGAGAACAGGGGAUGCACUUGGCUGCUGAAAUGGCCAGCAGUAUGCGUGUUCUCAGACCAUCUGGAAAUCGUAGGAACACGAUCACGCCAAUCCGCCCGAGUCUUGUUGGUGCUCUGGAAUUCAGGUCAAUUCUCUCGACCUUGCAAAAAGCACGCGGAUCCCACGCCCGACCCAUUCAUUUGCGCCGUUAUUCUGACGACCCAAUAAACAGGCACGAUAGUGCAGAUUCAGAGCCAGAGCCAUACUCAGACAACUCCUCCGGCGUUCUGUUGACACCUGCUGAGGAUGAGAGCGAGCCACCAAAGGCAGGACCUUCUACCAGAACCAGAGCUAUCUCUAUGAAUGAUGCAGCCACUUCAACUAAACUGAAUCCAGCGGCUUUCACGGUGGCCGAUGUGCCAAACAUAGGAAUCGUUGCUUCAACACCCACUUUCCCACACGAUCUUACGCUCCAGGCCGGCCCUGGGCCGUCUAUAGAUACAACUCUUGGGCUCGUUCCGCCCUCGCCAUCUUUCUCCCUCACCCCUCCAGCCUCCCAUACUGACUCAAGGGAGCCCAGCCCAGCGCCAUCCAAGGACAGACCAAAACGAAAAACUCUCGCACCACCAGGGGAUGGCUUCCCUGGCGCGAGAAAUUUUCGUGAAGACGCCUUCAAAGUUGGCGGGCACGCAACGGACUCCCCGAAUGACUCCCCUCGAACUCGACAACGUCCUAGACUUCAAAUUCCCGGUCCUUCAUCAAGAGACAGUUCCCACUCUCGAACUCUAUCGCCUGUCAUUCAGUUUCCUAUGUACACAGACUCCCCUCUACCGAUGUCAAGUCAUGCCUCAAAACCUCCUAGUCUACCCAGUCUUAUACUACCCGAUGCACACGGAUCACCUGAAUCUGUUUACACCAUCCAUGAUCUGGAUUAUCAACAGAAGCCCAUCGCCUGGUGGCCAGACCACUACUUGCCGAGCCCUUACACUCUUGCAUCCGUUUUGUUCCCAACGCUGUGCACUUGGCGAGAUAAAAGCAUAUGGGAUAAGAUUGUGAGCGUAAUUUCAGCACCAAGCAUUUUCCUUCUCGCGAUCACUCUACCUGUCGUUGAGUCUGAUUCGCAGAAUGAAGACGCUGAUGAAGAGCGUCGAUUACUCGAGGAGAGAUCGGCUUCACUUGCCCGGGGCCGGACCAGGAGCGGCCCCAUAUUAGUUUCUGAUUCCCCAACCAGUGAGGUAGAGCCAGAAUGGAUCCGUUAUCGAAGAGCAACAGAAUCACAGGACCAUCUUCCACAACCUCCUUCACGAGGUUUUAGUAGCCACAACACAGCUGAAGUCGCAGUGUCAGCCGAAAACCACCACCAACACUCCAACCCCAGACCAACCCCUCCAAAAAGAAGGUCCACCGAAACGGCGGUGGAGGCUGAUGUAGAAGCCAAUGCUACCUCGCCCCGGGACUGGAAUCGAUGGCUUGUCGCUGUUCAAAUAUUCACGGCUCCUCUCUUUGUCGUCUUAAUCGUCUGGGCGAAUACCGCCGAAGCCACAGCCCGCCUCCUUAUGAAAAUGACUCUCUGGUCGCUUCUCGGCUCUCUUAUUGCAUUUGCAAUCCUGAUUAUGACUACGACGAACUCGAAGCCUCCGAAAUAUCGAUUCCUGCUUUGCUUCCUGGGCUUUGUCGUCUCCAUCGCCUGGAUCUCAACAAUUGCGAACGAGGUCGUCGGCGUCCUCAAAGCUUUCGGCGUCAUCCUUGGGAUCUCGGAUGCAAUAUUGGGGCUUACCAUUUUUGCUGUCGGGAAUUCUCUUGGCGAUUUAGUUGCAGAUGUCACUGUCGCUCGACUCGGGUAUCCUGUGAUGGCACUUUCAGCCUGCUUUGGCGGGCCGAUGCUGAACAUUCUACUCGGCAUCGGUGUGAGUGGGCUUUACAUGACCGUGAAGGAGGCCAAUCAUAAGCACGAAAAGCAUCCGGGGAAGAAAGUAAAGUACAAGCCGUACGAAAUAGAAGUGAGUGGAACUUUAAUGGUCAGUGCGAUCACACUGCUGGUCACUCUCGUUGGGCUUUUGAUUGCCGUGCCCAUGAACAAAUGGGUCAUGAGCAAGAAAAUAGGCUGGGGUUUAAUUAUACUCUGGUGCAUAUCAACCGUUGUCAACUUGGCGGUGGAAAUCAGUGGUGGGUUUGGGCACAUAUCGUCGGCGCUGUAUACAUAG